AUGGCGCGAUCUGGAUGUUCACGGCCCAGUUGGCGGGGCUGGACGUUGACAAGACCACCGCUCUUCACGUUACUAUCCCUAAUCGUUCUCAGUUGUUCUUCAAUUGUUGGUGCUUUGGAGAACUCGGGCGAUCCAUCUGAACUUGCGGAGACGAACAUAGUGGCCCGAUGGGACGAGAUCAUCGCUGAUCGGCGGUACCCACCGCCCAUCCCACGUGAGGAUGCCAAUCUCAAUGACACUGACGUCGAUAUCUUGGUCGCGGAUGAUGAGUCUCUCCGCGAGUUGGUACCAACGACGGUGAGACGCUCAUCCUCGUCGACGUCCGCCGACUCAGCCUUCCCCAGCCCGUUCGAGACGCUGGGAAACAAUUUCACCGCGACGAGCUGCCCCCAGUUCUUCUCCAAUUUCCUCAGCAAUUCGACCUUCAAGUCAUGCUAUGCCAUCUCCUUCCUCCUCCAGAACUCCGGUUCCUUCUUCAAAGCAUUGCAGUCGCCAGUCACCCUAGAUCAGGUCAUCGAGACAUCCUGCUCGGCAAAUGAAGCGACAUGCACAGAUUACAUGACGCACCUGGCGUCGGAUCUCAUCAGUGAUAAGGCGUGCGGCCAGGACUACAAGCUGGGAAAUCCGGCCGUGGUGCAGGCGUACACGGAUAUGAUCGCGUAUAAGCCUGUCUAUCGCGCGUCCUGUCUCAAGAACCCCUCAACUGGGGAGUUCUGUUUUACGGAGGCGGCCACGAAUCACAACGUUGCUGAUUACUAUGUGUACUUUUUGCCUAUCGGCAUUUCUUUUCCGGGCUCGAGCCGGCCAACCUGCAACGAGUGCUUGAAAGCGACUAUGGAAGUCUUCGCGGAGAGCGCAGUGAUCAAAGGACAGCCUCUCGCGCAGACAUACAUACCGGCGGCCCAGCAGAUCAAUAUGGGCUGCGGUCCGGGCUUUGUCAAUGCAACCGUCAAAGUCGGAUCCGUGUCUUCCGCAGGCAGUCUGACGAGUGUUCCGUCUGUCAUCACCUUGGGAUUCGCAUUGCUUUUCAGCAUGGCGCUUGGCGUGCUAUGA